UCUUCCUCCUCCUCUUCCUCCUCCUCCUCCCUCCAUCUCCUCUCUCUCCUCUCGACAGGCGGCAGGAUGGACGUCGUAAAUCAGCUGGUGGCCCAGGGUCAGUUCAGGAUUCUGAAGGUUCCUCUGGGCUUCAUUAAGGUCUUACAAUGGUUCUUCGCCAUCUUUGCCUUCUCCACCUGUGGCAGUUAUUCGGGGAUGUUCCGGAUGUCGGUGGAGUGUAAGAACCGGACGGAGAGCAACCUGGCCAUAGAGGUGGACUUUGAGUAUCCCUUCAGACUCCACCAGGUGUACUUCGACGCCCCCACCUGUAAGGACAGGAGCACGGACCGCUACUUCCUGGUUGGAGAUUACUCCUCCUCCGCCGAGUUCUUCGUCACCAUCGGUGUCUUCGCCUUCCUCUACUCCACGGCCGCUCUCAGCAUCUACAUCUUCUUCUUCGAGAAGUACAAGGAGAACAACAAGGGCCCGCUGGUCGACCUGGGUGUGACUGGAGUGUUCGCCUUCAUGUGGUUGGUAAGUUCGGCGGCCUGGGCCAAAGGUCUGUCUGACGUGAAGGCGGCGACCGACCCCGACAACGUCAUCACGAUGAUUGACGCCUGCGACGUCGAAGGGAAUCGCUGCCGUGAGGUUCACGACGCCGUCAUGUCUGGACUCAACACUUCUGUGGCGUUUGGUUUCAUAAACUUGGUCCUGUGGGUGGGAAACCUGUGGUUCGUCUUUAAGGAGACCGGCAUCAUCGCCCCCUUCAUGCGAGCUCCGCCUCCUCAGGGGAAACCGGCUGCGCCCGACGCCUACGGCCAGCAGGGGGGGUACGAACAGGACCCGUACGCCAGCAACCAGGGGGGAUACCAACCCGACUACAGCCAGCAGGGAUACAACCAGCAGGAUGCCGAUUACGGUCAGGGCUACAGCCAGCAGGGGGCGCCCACCUCCUUCUCCAAUCAGAUGUAAACUGAGGUUUAAAGACGCAGAAAGCGUCGGAGUGAACCUACAGUGGGUCGCCUGCAACCUACCCACAAUGCAACACUCCUGUUUGUCUGCGAGGUUACCGGGUGGGGUGGG